GCGGUACGGUUGCCCUGCCUCCCACUGAGCCACUACCCCCGCACACUGUAACGACAGCAAUAUAAUAACACGCACACGCACAGCCACUCUUCCGCAGCUGUGCACUCAUGCAAAACAUGGUCCAACGAUAAUCAUCUUAAGGAAAAAUAUGUCUGUAGGUUUAAAUGUUACUGACCACGGAUGUGUUUAUAUUUUGUAUCCUGUUGGAGUGUUUGACAAGCAACAUCAUGUCUUCCUGUUAAAUGUUAACUUGUGCUUCACCGUUUACUGGCUGUACAUUGUUCUACAUACACGCACAAUGUUCUAGUGCUGGGCUCACUGUGGCAGUGAGAAGUAGAAGGGAGUCUUCAAAUUACUUGACUUUUUCUUGUUCCUCAAUUGGAUUGACCCUGGAGGAUUAAACAUUAAGUUUUCAUGUGAGUCUUUUAUAUUUUAUUAUUUUUUUUAUGUAGUUUUUCAAAGCAUAUUUGAGUCUUUUUUUUGAGUCAUUUCAAUUUUAAAAAAUGUCAUAAUCUUUUUUUGAAAGAAAAUGGAAUCAUUUAAAAAAAUGUUUGUUUUUAAAUUUUUCUAUUAUUAAAUUUUGAGCCGACUGGUUAAGCACAUCUGCCUCACAGUUCUGAGGACUGGGGUUCAAAUCUGGCCUAGCUAGUGUGGAGUUUGCAUGCUCUCCCCGUGCCUGCGUGGGUUUUCUCCGGGUGCUCCGGUUUCCUCCCACAUCCCAAAAACAUGCAUGGUAGGUUAAUUGAAGACUAAAUUGCCUAUAGGUGUGAAUCUGAGUGUGAAUGGUUGUUUGCCCUGGGAUUGGCUGGCGACUCGUUCAGGGUGUACCCCGCCUCUCGCCCGAAGAUGGCUGGGAAAGAACUAUAAUAUACUUCCUCUAAUUGCAUUAGAUUAUUCACUUUUUCAUCAUUAUCACUACCCUUCAAUCACAUACUGCUAUUUAGUGAGGAGUGCGACAUCAAUUUCAACAUGUUUCUAAAUACAUUCCCUUGUCUCAUAAAGGGCUAUGUUGAAGGUCUGUUGUUUGUGCACCAGGCUACAUGCACUGCGAUUGUAAUAAUACCUUAAUCUAAUGCAGUAUACUUAUGUAGGCGUGUUCUGCUUGGAUGUGAUUUCAAAGGCCGCCUGCUUGUUCCUUCUUUUAUGCUUUCAUUUGGAGCUGUUUAUGAGUUUAACUGAGUUAAUACUGUAAGCCAAGUACAGUGAACUCCAGCUAUAUUGCCACACCACCCUGCUAUAGUGUGGAUUUUUAAGUGAUUGUUUUUAAAGGAUUUUUACAGUAUAGAGGCUAGUCCCAAUUUAAAGCUACACGCCUUCAGUGCAGUAGCAUGUUGUGCCGCAACCUGCUGGGCAGCAGUAGGGUCAACUGGAAAAGAUGCAGCGUAAUAAACUGCAAGAAGAAAAGGCUGAAAAGGUCCCCAACUAUUACCGAGCAGAGAGAAUAUAUGCUUGUCAGUAAUGUUGUAUGCUGUUUGUAUGUGUUGUUGCCCGAUGUAUUUAAAAGCAGUUCUCAAACUUUACACCAAGUACAACCUCAAAAAUACUUGCCUUUCUAAGUACCAUCAUGACCAACAUUAAAAUACAGUGUCAUAGUAGGCCCAGGGGUUCAUCAAAAACAUGUCAGGCUGUUUUAAUUUAAUUAUUUCUAAGCCACUGUAACAUUAGUCACAGUUUGAACAUUAACACUGCGCUUGAAUACAGGAAAACAAAAACAUAUUUAAACAGUUAUUCAAUUAAAAUGUAUCAGACAUAAAGUGAAAUAAAAUGUUUUCCUCAAUAAACAUUUCAAAACAAACAACUCUUAAAGAUUUAAUGCAAAUGUAUUAUACUUUAAAGUUAAAUACAACUGAACUGUACUAACUAAAUGCACUUUAUUGGACUGUAAGCCACUGUAACAAUUUGUACAGUUUGAAGUCAUUGAUUCUUUCAUGUACCACUCGAGACUCGCACGCGUUGAGAAUCACUAUGUUAAAUUAGCCGUUGUGUGAAGGUUUAUAAUUUCCGUAAUAUUGAUGAUGAUUUCCAUUUGUUGGUCAAUUGGCAUUUCACAUCAUAUGUUAGCAUUGACCCAGAAGAAUUUUGUUAGAAGAAAUUAUAUAGUUUGAUUAAACAUUUUGAUGUUAAAAUAUUCAAUGUUGAAUCCUCUUUUGUUUUAUGUAUCAGUUUUACAGUAAACUGUAACUGGGAAUGACAAAUGUUUGCCUCUUAUGUGCGAGUGAGAAAGUGAGAACAGGCACUAAGGAUUACUUGAAGUGUGUUUUAAUAAGUUUUUUAAUCAUUUAAAAUGAUUGAAAGCGUGUGGGAGGAGAAAAACAAUAUAUAUAUAUAUAUAUAUAUAUAUAUAUUUUUUUUUAUUUUUAUUUUUUAUUUUUUUUAAUACAGUCUAUAUUGCACAUUUUCAUUGAUCGCGGGUGUGUCUGGACAGUAACUCGAUUUUAAACCGACUUGUUUUCUUCUGAUGGCACCACCAAACAUGUCCACCAAAGUUUUAUGAGAGAUGCUGCAAAUAACGUGAGCCAAUGUGUGAUGUGGUGAAAAUGAUCCUCGAGUGAUGUAACAGUCCACUCAAAAACAGUUGCUCUCUAUUCUUCUCUCGCUGAGGAAACUCCAAAAACCCAGCCCCCCACAUACAUAGAUGAGGACAUGUGACAUGUCGUCCCUAGCCAGAUGACAGCUUUGGCAGCUGUUGGCUGCAAAAACACCAUGCACUUAUCGUGUUUGCUGGGCAUUGGUGGGGGGUUCAGCAGGCCUAUAGAACAUUUGUCCUCCAGGGAGUUCUUUGCCUCCAUAGUUCUGCCCAGAUUGUAUUUCUCCAAAUUCCAUCCAUCCAUUUUCUAUAGAAUAGAUAUAUUACGGUUGUGGGUGAGCUGGAGUCUAUCACAACUGACUUUGGGCAAGAGGUGGAGUACACACUAGACAGGUUGCCAGCCACCCUGAACUGGUUGCCAGCCAGUUCAGGGCGUACCCCGCCUCCUGCCCGAUGAUAGCUGGGAUAGGCUCCAGAACGCCCGCGACCCUAGUGAGUGGAAGCGGCUCAGAAAAUGGAUGGAUGGAUGAACUGAGUAGUAAUACUCAGGGAUCACUCAGGGCACACAUACAAAGGAAGCAUAGUAAUUAAUAAAUCUUGUGAUAGACGUACUGUGUUUCCUCAUAAUGUGACUGGGCUGUACUUGACUACAGGUAGGGAAAGGUGCCGAUGGGAGCUGACAGGAGGUGAGUUUUUACAAUAAUCCAUCCAUCCAUUUUUAUACUGCUUAUCCAGAUAAGGGUCACAGAUGACCUGAAGCCUACAAAAACUGACUUUGGACAAGCUGCUAAUCACGAUGGACAAAGAGACAAACAACUAUUCACACUCACAUUCACGUCUAAGGACAAUUUAGAGUCUUCAAUUAACCUAACAUGUUUUUGGAAUGUGCGAGGAAGCUGCAGUACCCAGAGAAAACGCACAAAAGCAAGGGCAGUACAUGCAGUCACCACCGACCGAGCCGAGAUUCUAAUCCAGAACCUUUGACUAUGACGUAGAAGUGUUAGCUAAAUGCUCCACCGUGCCGACACCUAAGUAGAAAAAAAAAAAAAGGCUGGCACAAGCCACAACACGGUCGCCACAAAUCAAUCAUGGAGCCGAUAUCAAACACGGUCGCCACAAAUCAAUCUUGGAGCCGAUAUCAAACAAUUGAAAAGUGAAAAUAAAUACUAUUAAAUUUGACACUCCAGAGAGAAUUGCGCUAGCGACCCUGCCAAAUUUGAAUGAUUAAAAAUCCGCCAAAAUGAGGCUUCAAAAUGGUGAAAAAUCAAGCCGUCGUCUCUCAUCUGAAACACCGAAUGCGUGAAACCAUGCACCGCUGAAAAAAGGUUACCCACCGAUGCGAACAAAGGCACUGAAGUUCUUAUAUAGUGGGUGAGGGAGGACUCGUGCCAGACGCCAAAGUACGUCACUGGGCACUUUUUUAGCCAUGUCCCAAAAAUCAGGAAAACUGAAAUGAUUUCAUGUUAUCAUCCGCAGAGGUUGAAAACAAGUAAUGAGCCUAUUCCACAAAGUAAGGAGUGAAAAGGACAGAGAAAAGCUUAGAAAAGUCGAGAGUAAAAGUAAAACGUUGCCAGAAAAAUAAGUACUCAAGUAGAGAUACCUGAAAGUAUUCGUACUUUGUUGCUUCCCACCAUUGACUGUACAUGGUGAUGUUAGUGAUUGCGCUUGGAGGGAAGUGUGUAAGCCGAGACACACAAACAGGAUAUAACAGUUGUUCAAAGCAGGAACAGGUGGCUGCAGUGUCAUGUUUCCCGCCAGUGGCUUUGUUCCACCACUCCCCCAUCAACUGUUGUCCUCCUUAAACUCUCACCCGGGACUCCUUUCACCACAAGAGCAUGACCGAACUCCUCCUUGGACGGUGCUGUUUUCGAGGGGAUGGUGGUUAAAUUUGGGUGCCACACGGAACGAAACAUGAGGCGGGAACAAGGCUUGAGACUGGCCAGGCGUAGUGGCGUGCCACGGAGACCUUGCAAGUCUUUUCCAGCACUGGCCUGCCGCAGCUCGUUGAGAUGUAUUCCCCCUGAGCCCGCCGGUGCCUCCGCCUUGGAGCCGGGAUGCCGGUGCAGGCCGCCCAAUGGACGGACUUCCUGUCCUGUCCCAUCUGCUACAACGAGUUCAACAGCAGCGGCCACCAGCCCGUCAGCUUGGGCUGCUCGCACACGGUGUGCCGCACCUGCCUGCACAAGCUGCACCGCAAAGCCUGCCCCUUCGACCAGACGCCCAUCAGCACCGAUAUUGACCUGCUGCCCGUCAACUGUGCCCUGCUGCAGCUGGUCGGAGCUCAGGUUCCAGACGUGCAGCCAGUCAGCCUGAGCAGUGCGACAGAUGUUGGACACUAUGAGGCCUGCAGGGUGUGUGUGGAAGAGCUGGCUCUAUACCUGAAACCAAUUAGCUGCACUAAAGGUGUGGCGCCACCGAGUCCGGGCGCGCUCAGCCGACCCAUGCAGAGGAAGCUGGUGACGCUGGUCAACUGCCAGCUGGUGGAAGAAGAAGGCAGAGUGCGGGCUGUGCGGGCGGGCCGGUCGCUGGGCGAGCGGACGGUCACCGAGCUCAUCUUGCAGCACCAGAACCCCCAACAGCUGUCCGCCAACCUCUGGGCUGCAGUGAGGGCGCGGGGAUGCCAAUUCCUGGGGCCUGCCAUGCAGGAGGAUGCCCUAAAGCUGGUGCUAUUGGCUCUGGAGGACGGAUCUGCUCUGUCCAGGAAGGUGCUGGUGUUGUUUGUUGUCCAGAAGUUGGAAGGGCGCUUCCCUCAGGCCUCCAAAACCAGCAUAGGGCAUGUGGUGCAGCUCCUCUAUAGGGCCUCCUGCUUCAAGGUGACCAAGCGGGAUGAAGAUUCUUCGCUGAUGCAGCUGAAGGAGGAGUUCCGCACGUACGAGGCUCUCAGGAGAGAACACGACGCCCAGAUUGUGCACAUCGCCAUGGAAGCCGGCCUCCGCAUCUCCCCCGAGCAGUGGUCCUCUCUACUGUACGGGGACCUGGUCCACAAGUCGCACAUGCAGUCCAUCAUUGACAAGUUGCAGUCUCCAGAGUCAUUUGCAAAGAGCAUCCAGGAGCUGACCAUCGUCCUGCAGAGGACAGGAGACCCUGCCAACCUCACGAGCCUCAGAGCUCACCUCGAACUGCUGGCCAACAUAGACCACAAUACCGAUGAUGCAUCACCACCAUGGGAGGAGCUGGAAAAUGUCAUGUUGGCCAUAAAGUUGGUGGUUCAUGGCCUUGUAGAAUUCAUCCAAAGCUUCAGCAAGAAGAACCACGACUCUCCACAGCCUCAGGUGAACAGCAAGUAUAAGACCAGCAUGUGCAGAGAUCUGCGUCAUCAAGGAGGAUGUCCAAGAGGAAGCAACUGCACAUUUGCGCACACACAGGACGAACUUGAGAAAUUUCGUCUGAGGAACAAGAAGAGCGGCAGUGUUAGCCGUGCAUUCCCUUCACCCGGGGGAAAAACCUUCACGGUGGAGGACAGUAUCCAGACUGAUGGGUCUGCAGGAGUUGGAGAGGACACCCUGACAGAGGGCAGCCCUCACCCACAACUCAUUUCCAGAGGAGCUGACACCAUGGAGGGCAUAAAGAGGGUUGUGUCCAGUGAAUCUAUUUGCGCAAGUGGGAACAACGGGCUGAGUGACACCAGUAUGACCUUACUGGACUCAGCUGAGCAGGAGCCCGUGUCUCCGCCCAGAACUCACGCCAGCCACUCCUCAACGUUGUCUCCUUUGAUCGCCAUGGGACGGGUGACUGAUGGUGGCGGGGGGCCCGUGUCUAAACAUGGUGGUCCCCUCAUGCUGCGAGUGCCUCAUCCUUCUCAGCCCUCAGACCAGUUCUACCAGGAGCAACAAUCUGCGUACGACACGGCCCACCACCAGCCAAACUCAGGUUCCUACUACCCAUCUACUCUCCAUCCUUCACACAAACCCUGCAUGGCUCGCUUCCUCAGAUCUUCCAACGUCCCAGAAUCCUUUCUGCCGCCGUCCUCCUUUCCCAGUGACCCUCAAAUAUCCCAUCAUCCCCCCUCCUCUUGUUCCACGGGAUAUCCACCUCAUCCAACGAGGGACCGCAUGGGACCUCCCAUCUUCCACAACAACCCAGGGCAGCCUCAGUAUGGACCUCUGGCCUCUGCCCAUGGGGUUUAUGCACCUCUCUAUGACAGCAGAAGAGUGUGGAGGCCUCAGCUGUACAAUAGAGAGGAUGCGAGGAGUAAUUCAUUGCCUCCAGAGGUGCUGCAUUCCUCUGUCUACCAGCCUCCACUCAGGGAGAGAUUCAACUCGCUAGACAGCAACUACUACUCUGCCUCAGAGCACCGUACAGCACUGCACAGGGAGUACGGCCACGUUCCUCUGGUCUACGAUGACCUGUUCCGACGUAAGCAAGAACAGUGGGUGCAUCACCACCACCAUCAUCAUCAUCACAGCACCAGAAGGCCCUCCCAGCCCUCUGCCAUCUUCAACAUUGAUUUCGGACCUGAGCAUGUGGAGAGCAGUGCAGGUGCGUGUGUUGGGUGCUGCUUCAGAGGUGAGGAAAGCUUGGCGCGCUACACGCCGUGGUCCUGCGCCGCCACCAUCGGGCCCUGUCACAGCCCUUUUGAGCCUGAGGUGCUCACGCAAGCUGCGUCUCACUCUGCCUUGGAGCAGUCGUUUCUUACUAAGCAGUUGGACGGCUGCAGCAGUGGCGGCAGUGGUGUUAGCAGCAACGGCGGUGUUAACAGCGGUGGCGUCACAAAGCGUUGGCUGCACUCGUUAGAUCACUGCAGGCGCCUGAAAGAAGAGGACCCCAUCAUUCCUUUCAGCGAGGGACCCAUCAUCUCCAAGUGGGGGGCCAUAUCCAGGGCGUCCCGCUCGGGCUAUCACACCACCGAUCCUGUCCAAGCAACCGCUUGCCAGGGUGGCGCUAGUACCACGCCCAUUAACUUUAAAGAUUACAAUUGCCACUUGGAUCGUGAUGAGUACAGGUGGAGCUCCAGGGGAUCCAACUCUUCCAGCCACUCCAGUUUCCUAGAGAGUGAGCAGCUUUGUCAACAUUCGUCAAGCGAGAAAAUUGCAUGUGAUCUGCAAAUCCACCAGACAGCCUUCAGCCAGGAUCGGGACCUUGAGGAGAGUGAGCCAGGCACGGAACGGGACAUUGAGCUUGAACUGUGCGCUCUGGACAUAGAGGACUCGAACAUCAAGUCUCAGGUUUCUUUGGACGUGGCCACGCCAUAUUCCGAGGAUGCCUCCCACCUCCUCCCACUCUCCUGCUCCUCUUCACUCCUGUCAUCCCCGCUGGAGGAACAAUACCAUGCUGAGGACCCUUCAACGGAUAAGAUGGACACUUACCUGCUGAAAAAGAUGGCCUUUAGAAAGUCGCUGUCUCCUGUAGGCUUGGUGUCAGGUGGUCUGGCCGUCGGCAAGCUGGUGCUGCGCACCGGAACGCCUCGACCGGGCGGCGACUCCUCUCCACGCUCUUGUCCCGAAACUCCCGGGGCGGAGAUGCUGCUCAGUGGAAGCUAAGGGAUAUUUCAAAUCACAUCUUCACCCUCCACCCACACCUUGUCAUGUAGUGAUGCAGUUUACACACAGUUGAUUCUGUUGUGGUUUAACACAGCAGUCCCCCAUGUUAAAGCCAUGUAAAGGCAAGUACUACAAAUUUAUAAGCAUCUGUUUUUUUUUUCUUUAUGUGCUAUGAAUGUAAAAUUACCGUGCAUACUUUGUGUAUUGCUUGUGCCUUGGAAAAACAUUGCAUCCCCAAAGUUUUCCCAUCUGUCAUCUAUACAGGCCUUCCAUGUAUUAGUGGUUUUAUUUACAGUGGAACCUCCGAAGUCCAACACAGUCAUUUGACUUUCAAGUUGUCCUAAUAUCGAAACAAUUUUGCCAUUGGAAAUAACGCAAAAUGAAAUCAUCUGUUUCAGGCUCAAACUCAAAUUGUGCAAUAAAACUACCGUAAUAUGAAGUAAAAACACUAGGCCUUUGCAGAUUCCUAACAGACACAAUGACAGCGAACAGGUCUAAUUGGGAAGACUUACUUACUCAUAUUGUACUGAGGAGCCAGACCUUUUCUGGUUAUUAUGAAACAUUUUUAAAAGACAAACAGCUCACAUCCUGAAGACGCUCACUGAGCUGAUGUCGCACACGAUUUGCUGACUUUUGUUGUUUUUAACUUUUGAGGCAUUUUCAAAGACAUUUUGUUGGUUUUUUUCGAACAUUUUGGUUGAACUCUAAAUUCAACCACUUUUGGGGAUUCCACUUUGGACGUUUCACUGUAUCUUAAUGCCACUGCUUUUGCUUUCUAUCUACAGUAUUGUAAUGCUGCACGGCACAUUUAGUUUUGCUCUCAGAGAGCGCAGAUCAUUUAGGACCUCAGUAGCUACAAUGAGGAUAAAUGUUUAUCCUUCAUCCUAAAAACAUGAAUGUUAGCGUCACUGAAGACUCUAAAUUGUCCAUAGUUGUGAAUAUGAGUGUGAAUACCAUACGUUCCCUGCGAUAGACUUGCAACCAGUCCAGGGUGUACAAAUUUGACCCGUGUCUACUAAAAUGGAUUUUAGAUUCACCAGCGUGUUAAAUCACAGAAAAUGGUGGUAAUGGUGGGAAAUCUUGAAAUUGUUAACCUGUACAUGCCAUAAAUAGACAGUGGUAACAGUUGUCAAGAGGCAGCUUGAAACAGUCGAAGAAAUUCCUAUGUUCCCGCCACAUUUGCCCAGGUUCCCACAGAAAUGUGCAACUGUUAGUCUCUGAAAGGUCACGGUGAAUCUCGAAACAGUGAGAGUGUAAAACAGCAUUUUAAGAAUAACCAUACAGUACAUACCAAACGUAAGGAACAAAAGUCAUACAGAGGGUCAGAGGGUGCCUUGACACAGGCACAAGAUCUGCACCUGGAAAAACAAGUACUUGCAAAACUACACUUUCUAUUUUCUCUCAAAUGUUGAUUAAGGAUUAAUCAUUCAUUUAUUAAUGUCAGACAGGCUAUUAAUAUAUUUUGAAAUGAGCUGUAGCCCAUAAUUUGAUAUAGCCCAGUGGUUCUCAAAGUGUGUUUCAAUUGCAGCUCCCUCUAGUGGUAUGUGAAAGAAUCACUGAAUUAAAUGUUUAAACUGCAUAAUGUUACAGUGGCUUAAACUUUUUCUAAAUCCAGUGCAGUACACUUGUCAAGUACAGGUCAGUUGUAUUUGACUUUUAUGUUCAAUAGAUUUGCAUGUAAUCUUUUAAACUGUUUAUUUUCAAACAUUUACUCAGGUACAAUUUCCAUUGAACUUUUUGUGUGCACUACAAUUUGAUUGAAUAGUUAUUUAAGUACAUCCAUCCAUUUUCCGUUCUGCUUAUCCUCACUCGGGUCGCGGGCAUGCUGGAGCUUAUCCCAGCUGACUCUUGGCGAGAGGCGGGGUACACCCUGAACUGGUUGCCAGCCAAUCACAGGGAACACAUAAACAACCAUUCGCAUUUAAGUAAUUUUUUUCCUAUAUUUAAGCACAGUGUUAAUGGUAAAACUGUGCAAAAUGUUACAGUGGCUUGCAAUAAUGCAAAAUAUCAUUUGUAGGUAUAACACGCUUCUGUUUUUUUAUGAAUGCUCACACUACUGUAUUUUAAUGUUGGUAGUGAUGGUAGUAUUUGUAGAGCCAUGUAUUUUUUGAGGUACUACUUGCUGUAAAAAGUUGAAGGACCACAGAUACAUAGACAAUUACGAGGAUGCUCUUGGCCGGUAUAACUAGUAUGUAGUAUAUAGUAUAACUUAAUUCUAAUUGUGCUUCCUUCCACUUAAGUUUUGCAAUGCAGAAAUAUUGGGAAACAAUGAAGACAUGAUUAUGCCAUCAAGGUCCAUAUUUCAUACAAACAUGAUGCAACACAUUUGGUGGUUAGGGUUGAAAUCUCAACCCCAGCAGCAGUGGGCAACAAAUGUCUUCUCUAUGCCAAUACUCAAAAGUAUCUGAUAACAUAUGAUGCUUUGAACCAGGCGCCACCAAUGAAAAGCCAACGGCGCGGUCAUGAGAUCCCAUUCCACAAUGGUUAGUCAUGGUUUGUGUGGUUAGUCAUUGCUGCAAUCGACACCAGAAUUGAAAUGUAAUCAAGGAAAUUAAGGGUGGAGAUCCUUGGUGUUGUAUAUGACAGACUUAAAGGGGUGGUGAACCAAAGGCCCGUGGGCAAUUCUAAAUACAAACAACCUCAGAGGCACGGUUCUGAAAAAAAGCCCUGAAAAAAAUGUAACCCACCUGAACGGAUCCUUGUGUUUACUUGUGCUCCGUCCGUGUUUUGUUUGUGCAUUUCGUGCACCGCUAACUUCUGUGAAGUUGUUUGUCUGAGUAUUUUGUAUCAGGACUGCAGUCACUAUGUUCGAUUUAAUAGCGGUCAUGGUGUCUUAAAUAUUUGCCGGUCAUCCGAUCUGCUUUAGUCAGUAAUAUGCUGUAACCCUCCAUAAUAGAACACAUUGGUUCUUAGUGGUUGAUGUGCAUACAUCCUCUCUAUGUAUGCAUAUAAGAGUCAUAUUUCGUCAUGGAAUAUGAAAACAGCUUUGGAAACUAAUAAUGUGUACGUUUUUGUAUGUCUGGGAAGUUCAGCUCUGUGAGCCACUGUUGCAUUUGUUGACAACGCUAUCCUGUGUACUGAGCAGUAGUCUAUACACUGUAAUCCAGGUAAAUAUCAUCAUUAAAUCUUCAUCAACUCAUUUAAUGAAUGAUUUGCAAGAACUCUUAGAUUAUCUUCCUGUUGUCAAGAUUAGCUAGAGGUUUCCUCGGGGAGAAAUUGUGUUGCUUUACUAUUACAGUCAUGAUGUUAAAUAUUCUGUGGAAGUACCAUAUUUCCUCAUAGUACCCAUGGGAAUUUUUCCUCAACAGCAGAGUACCAGGCGUCUAUCGGGGGAAGUGUGUUUAUUAACAGGGAGACCUCUAUUCAUACAACACGUUUAUAAUAUUUUACUUGAAUACUUAUUCACAAAUAAUAAAUGAACAAAUAAUCAUGAAAUUAAAUGUAAAAAUGUGUAAUUAGUGUUUUUUUUAACGAUAGGAAUAUAAUUCAUGUUAUUUAAAAAUUUGAAAAUAAUUGUUUUCUCCAAUCCCUGAUUUUUUUUUCUCACAUCAUUGUUGAAAUGUUUACCAACUUUUACUUUGAUAAGCUCAAUGCUGCUCCACUUUCUUUCAACUGCACCUUAACGACACCUUUACAGAUGCCACAUCUAACAUGGCACAUGGUGAUAUCAGUCGUAGUAAAAUAAAUUACAGUCAACUAGUGGUACCGACCUACUGUUGUUUUUUUUUUCGAUAAAUGGUUUAUUUCAAGGGUGAGAAACGUAUGGUCCGACUGGUUCUUUAAUCAGGCCCGCCGAGCAUUUACAUUAUCAUAAGUACUGUAAUAUUUUUGUGUUUUCUUGGUUUUUAUUUAUUUAUUUAGUCAUAAAUAAUGAGUUAGUUGAUUUAUUUUAACUAACACAAUAGAAUUGAAUAUUAAUAUAAGAAUAUUAGUAGAAGAAAAAGUACAUUUACUGUAGAUUUUACUUUUGAUUAAUUGGUUAGUUAAUUAUAAUUAAAUUCAUUAAAAAAUACAAUUAAAAUGACAAUGUAUUCAUUAUUUAAUAAAAUAAAAACAAAUUUGCACACACAGUUUAACUAUUUUCUUUAUCUCGUCUAUGAAUGACCUGGCCCAUGUGUCCCUUUUACAAAAUCUAACGGGGCCCUUGAGCACAAGUACUUAGCCACUCAGAUUUAUUUGUCCACGUGAACGACAUACCGCUCUUUGAGGAAAUACUGUGUUUUCAUGACAGAUAUUUUUUUGCCUGUUUUACUUCUCAGUAUCAUUGAUGACUUUGUUUUGGGGUUUUUUUUUGGACAGUGCUGCAUUUUAAACAUGGCUUUAAGCUGUAAAUUAAACUACCAUUUCCUUUAAAAGAGUCUGGUUCACAUGUAGUACCUAAUGCGCUGCACUACUUCCUUGCCCUUUCACUUCCAGUCGAUGCAGUGUAGGCACUCUCCUUCAAACGCCCCCGGCAUCAUCCUGCAUUCAUUCUUUGUCAUGCAUGCAGUAUACAGUAUUGUGGCUCUUGUGAUGGCAGAGCAGUAUCAAUGUAGUUGUGAUACAACACACACAAGCACGCAAACACAAACACGCGCGCGCACACACAACUCGCUGUAAGACUUCUGCACAUGCCCACUGUGUGGCCACAUCAGGUGCAGAAGUUUUCCCACGGCUUGUUUGGUCAAUGAUACUGGUUAUUAUUAAUAUUAUUAUUAUUGGUUGUUGUGAUUGUAUGCUUUGUUUGAUUCUAAGAAUUUGUGUCUCUUAACUCUCGAUGUAUGGGGGGAAAGCCUGUUUGUUCAUUGUGAAACAUAAACAAAUGAGCUGAAGUUUUUCUUUUACUCAUGUCUGUAUUAAGACGCUUUAUUCGCAAAUCUGUUGCUUAAUCGAAAACUAUUGAAGACAUGGUACACAUCAGUCAUUUGAUGAAUUUAUAGGCUUAUUGAUAUAACCCGAUCAAAUUUGGUUGAAUUUUAAAGUUAUUGGGACAAUUGUGUAAUGUUUCAGAAGGAAGAAAAUAAAAAUCCUUUAGAGACAGCAUAAUGUAUCAUGUCCCCUCAUUGAAAUAAUACAGUUAUGUAUUCCAUUUAUUUCCUUGGAAAUGUCACUGUGUGAAAGAUUUUCCCUUUUACCAUAGACAAAUGCUUGGCUUGACUAAAGUCCAUGUGUAUAUGAAGAUGGACUUUUAAAUAAUUAAUUUCUCUAGCUAUUGAGUGAGCAGCUGACUAUUGUGUGAGUGAGUGUGUGUGUUUUCUUGUAUUUUUAUUGCAUAACACACCGAUGUUAAGCAACAAAGUAGAAAAGUACUUCUGUGUUGCACUGUGAGAUGAGACUGGAUGCAUGCAACAAUAA